AAUUAGUUCACUGGAUCUAGGUUUUUUAACAUAAUAACAAACUAUUAUAGUUAGUAAACCAGAACAAAAACAACUAUGAACUAUUUAUUACAGUUGGUCGCGCUACUGGCAUUGACCACCAGCGUAUGGUCGGCGUGCGAACUUAAAUGGGUUAAAACUGACCACAAAAACCUGCCGCCGGACUCAGUGCUGGUCAUAGCCAACAAUCCUGCCGGUGAUUUCUACGUGAGUCGAGCCGUAUAUAACGGUGUACUGACGCCCGGCCGAUACAAACCCGCCGAAGAGACCUGUUUUGUCACAAUGGAUGGCCACGAGUACGGCCUAAGAGAGAACUUUGAGGUCCUCACCAAUCCUAACAAGUGCUUUUUGGACUGGAAAAAAGCCCAUGAUGGUACUGUGCCUAAGGGCGCUGUAGAGUCCGGUAAAGACCCACAGGGUGGUGUGGCGUACAGCGCACGUUUGCACGAGUGGUUCGGCUGGAUGGUGGGCAAAAUGUACAAGAGCACUAAUAAAAUGUACUACGGGUGGGGUGGGGGCGAAAACGUCAAGACCGAGUACGAAAUACUAGUACUGCUAGACCAGGCGCCAGACCACACACUGCACCCCAGUUGCGCAAACCAUAAACAAUUUGACCAUGAUAGUAUCGUAUGCGUGUGCACCGAUAGUAAACCAUGCGAUAGCCUACAGGGGCCGACAAAAACCGGUGCCCAGGUGCUAACCAAAUGGGAGUCAACCGCGCAGGGUAAUAGGUUUGUUAGGAGCGAGCUCAAAUUGGCCGAUAAAGGCCAGCACGUGGACGUGGAUCACGUGGGCUCCCAGUUGUGGGUCAAACUCAAUAGGGAUGUGAAGCACCAGCAGAUUGUAGGGUUUGGCGGCGCCUUCACUGACGCCACGGGUAUUAACUAUAAGAAAAUGGGCGCCAAAUACGAGGAUCAGUUGAUUCGCGAGUGUUAUGGCAAAGAGGGUCUGGAGUACAAUAUGGGACGCAUACCCAUCGGUGGCUCAGACUUUUCCACCCGUGCCUAUAGUUUAGAUGAUAGCACACCCGAUGACGUGCCGCUCAGUAAAUUCAAUCUCACGUCAGAGGACCUGGAGCUUAAGAUCCCAAUCAUCCUGAAAGCAAAAGCCAUGGCCACCAGUGAUCUGAAGCUGUUUGGCUCACCAUGGUCGGCGCCUGCCUGGAUGAAAAACAACCACCAACUAAUUGGCGGUGGUGAUUUGGAAGCCAAGUACCUUGAUUGUUACGCCAAGUACUUUGUUAAGUACCUUGAUGCGUACAAAGCCCACGGUCUGAACCACUGGGGCAUAACUGUGCAAAACGAACCCAUGGCUGGCCAGGCGUGGAACUCUAUGCACUUCUCGCCCGAGUCUAUGGCCGAGUUUGUGGGCAAACAUUUGGGCCCGGAGUUGGCCCGCAGUGGUUACGGUGUGGACAAAUUGCAAGUAAUGCAACUUGAUCACAACGUGGGCAUUGUCAAGGAGUGGGUGGACAAGUACUUUGCCGACCCCGUGGCCUCCAAGUACACACAGGGAACCGCCAUUCACUGGUACGGACACGACCCGAAGGAACAGUUGGACGCACCCCAUAACCAACACCCGGACAAAUGGAUGUUAGCCACCGAGGCAUGUGUGGAAGGCGGCGUUAAGCUAGGUGAUUGGAAUACGGCUGAUCUGUAUGCAUCAGAUAUUUUGGGGGAUCUCUUACACCACGUGAUCGGUUGGGUGGACUGGAACAUGGCGUUGGACACUCAGGGAGGGCCCAAUUGGUGCAAGAACUGGGUCGAUGCCCCGUUGAUAAUUAACCCCGAUCUGAAAGAGUACUACCGUCAGCCCUCGUUCUACGCGAUGGCCCACUUCAGCAAAUUCCUGGCCCCGGGCUCUGUCCGAGUGGACACACCUGUAGUCAACCAGAAUAACAAUCACGGAUUGGUCGGCGGUUUCCGCAGACCCGACGGCUCGACAGUCAUUAUUGCGGUCAAUACGGAAGAGAUUGAGAUUGAUUUGAUAGUAGAGGACGAUAAGGCUGCCGCUAUUAACGUGCACGGGCUAAAACCAAGUUGCGCCAACCAUAAACAAUUUGGCCACGAUAGUAUCGUGUGCGUUUGUAGCGAUGCCAAACCGUGCGACAACCUACAGGGGCCGACAAAAACGGCACCCGGCGUACUGACCCGGUGGGAGUCAACCGCUGAGGGUAAUCGAUUUAUACGGACCGAGCUCAAAUUGGCCCCAAAGGACCAUCAUGUUGACCUGGAUCAAAAUGCGGCCCAAUUGCACGUAAAACUAAAUAGGGAUGUAAAGCAUCAGCAAAUCAUUGGCUUUGGCGGCGCUUUCACCGACUCUACGGGUAUUAACAUUAAGAAAAUGGGCGCUAAAUCUGAGGAUCACUUGAUUGCCGACUGUUUCGGCAAAGAGGGUCUGGAGUACAAUAUGGGACGCAUACCCAUCGGUGGCUCAGACUUUUCCACCCGUGCCUAUAGUCUCGAUGAUAAUACUAAUGAUGAUAAACCACUCACUAAAUUCAAUUUGACCCAGGAGGACUUGGAUCUUAAGAUCCCGAUCAUUCAAAAAGCUAAAAAAAUUGCAACACAUGAUAUCCGUUUGUUUGGCAGCCCCUGGUCUGCGCCAAAGUGGAUGAAGAAUAACAACGAGCUGAUUCAUGGCGGAGACCUUAAGAGCCAAUACCUCGAUGUUUAUGCCAAAUAUUUUGUCAAAUAUCUAGAUGCGUACAAAGCGCAUGGUUUAAACCACUGGGGCAUAACUGUGCAAAAUGAACCAUGGGCCUCUCAGCGCUGGAACUCAAUGCACUUCGACCCGAAGUCAAUGGCUUCGUUUGUGGCCAAUCAUUUGGGCCCGGAGUUGGCCCGCAGUGGUUACGGUGUGGACAAAUUGCAAGUAAUGCAACUUGAUCAUAACGUGGGCAUUGUCAAACAGUGGGUGAACGAGUACUUUGCCGACCCCGUGGCCUCCAAGUACACGGCGGGCACAGCUGUCCACUGGUACGGUCACGACCCUAAGAACCAGUUGGACGCACCCCAUAACCAACACCCGGACAAAUGGAUGUUAGCCACUGAGGCCUGCGUGGAGGGCGGCGUUAAGCUAGGUGAUUGGAAUACGGCUAACCUUUAUGCUACCGAUAUUUUGGGUGAUCUGUUGCAUCACGUGAUCGGUUGGGUGGACUGGAACAUGGUGUUGGACACCCAGGGAGGGCCUAACUGGACAAACAACUUUGUGGACGCGCCACUUAUUAUUAACCCCCAACUCAAGGAGUAUUACCGUCAGCCCUCGUACUACGCGAUGGCCCAUUUCAGCAAAUUCCUGGCCCCGGGCUCUGUCCGAGUGGACACACCUAUAGUCACUCAGAGUAACAAUAAGGCACUGGUCGGCGGUUUCCGGCGCUCAGACGGCUCGACAGUUGUUAUUGCGGUCAAUACGGAAAAUAUUAAGAUUGAUUUUACUGUCGAGGAUAUUAAGGCUGCCGGCAAACUGGUCCAGAAAAUUGCACCUAGAUCACAUUGCCAAAGCUAUUCGGGAGGUCGACCUCUUCGGGAGAGUAUUACUCCGGAAGCAGAAGAGUUUCAAUGUCAGACACCGGUGUUUGUCAACCAAAUACCACGCGAUUUGAGGCAACAGUUGGAGGGUAUUGUCGACUACUAUGUGGACAGUCAGACAUCGGGUCAUAUGCUGUGGUUUAACAUCAAUGGACGGCCGAUGUAUUGCUUUACACCGGAAAACCAAUCCCUGUCCGCACAGUGCAAUUCGUCGGAUAAUAUGAUUCCGUAUUCACAGCACUGUUUCCCUAAAGUGGUCGUAACCAAAGUCCGUUUCAUUGAUUCCGACGAUUCUGUGACUGCGAAGAAGACGAAGACAAUUGGCAACUUCCGAGUUGGUAAAGUCCUCGUCGACUAA